CGGUCUCCUUCAAGUCGCCUGGGGGUCGCGGUCCCUUUAAGCUGCCCGACGCGGAGGCGGGGCCGAGGCUCGGGGGCCGGAAGUUGGGCGCGUGCGUCACUUCCUCCAGGAAGUGGGUCUGGGCGGAUGUCUACUGCGCGUCCGUGUGCGGGGCUGAGGGCCGCGGUGGCGGCCGGCAUGGGGCUGAGCGACGGGCCAGCGGGCUCUGGCCGCAGCUGCCGCCUUCUACGCCCGCCCACGCCGGCUCCGGCGGUGCCGGGGGCCCGGCUGUUGCGGCUUCCGGAGAGCGGGGCCGUGCAGGCCGCAAGCCCCGAGCGCUCCGGUUGGACCGAGGCGCUGCGGGCCGCCGUGGCCGAGCUGCGCGCCGGCGCCGUGGUGGCGGUCCCAACUGACACGCUGUAUGGUCUGGCCUGCUCGGCGAGCUGCUCGGCGGCCCUGGGCUGCGUCUAUCGCCUCAAGGGCCGCAGCGAGGCCAAGCCGCUGGCCGUGUGCCUGGGCCGCGUGGCCGACGUCUACAGGUACUGCCAGGUGAGGGUACCCAAGGAGCUCCUGGAGGACCUGUUGCCAGGACCAGUGACCUUGGUGAUGCAGCGCUCUGGGGAGCUCAACAAAGACCUGAACCCCUUUACCCCUCUGGUUGGCAUCCGGAUCCCUAACCACGCCUUCAUGCAGGACUUGGCCCAAAUGUUUGGGGGACCAAUUGCACUCACCAGUGCCAACCUGAGCUCCCAAGCCAGUUCUCUGAGUGUUGAGGAGUUCCAAGACCUCUGGCCUCAUUUGUCCCUGGUCAUUGAUGGGGGACCAAUUGGAGAUAGUCAGAGCCCUGAGUGCCGCCUCGGCUCUACUGUGGUUGACUUAUCUGUGCCUGGAAAGUUUACCAUUAUUCGCCCGGGCUGUGCUCUGGAAAACACUACAACCAUCCUCCAACAGAAAUAUGGGCUGCUCCCUUCACAGGGGUCCUGCUCAUGAAGAUUGGGAAGAUCCAAGGAUCAUGCUGGAUACUGUGUGUCUGCUAACUGGUUAGCAAGGCCUCAUUGGCAGAGGCUCCUGGAGCUACACAUGUAGCCUGGCUGUUUAGGGAACAUCUCUCUCUGAACACUGUAGGCCAGAAGCUGCAGGUUGAGCCUUGUAGGUUCUUAUAUCAACCAAAAAUUGAACAAAGGUAAGAACAUUCUUAGAAGCCUGGCAGUGGUGGCACAUGCCUUUAAUCCCAGCACUUGGGAGGCAGAGGCAGGCGGAUCUCUGUGAGUUCGAGGCCAGCCUGGUCUACAAGAGCUAGUUCCAGGACAGGCUCCAAAGGUAUAGAGAAACCCUGUCUCAGGGGGAAAAAAAUAAAAAAAUAAAAAAAAAAUUGUUAGAUCGGCCUUACUAUUUUGAGAUUUUUAAAAGUCAAAAGUAAAUUGAGUACAGAAUUAGAAUGUAUUAAGAGCUUGUUUCUGGUGACAGUGGCACUUCAUGUCUAGCCAGCUAGAAGCACUAGUGUGUUCUAGAAGUCUCAGGACCAAUGCAGGAAAGUCCAAGAGCCCAAGACAGCUUUCCUGGGUACCAGAGAGAUCAUUUUAGGGAAACUAUCUUGGGGGGGUCCCAAGUGAAAUAAUACUGGAAAAUAAAAUCUUGACUGUUCAGCCAGUGACUUUCUUAUUUAUUGAUAAAAUAAAUUAUAUAGUUCUGUGUAUAAUUUAUUUAACUUCAUUGUUUACUCAGAAGUUUUAUCUUUGUUCACAUGUGCCAAGUAUUCUGCGUACAUAAUUAUUUUUGAGUAUUUAAGCUGUAUUUUUCUU